UUCGGACGGACAGCAGAUAAGAGCGACGGCCCCCAGAGAGAGACCACCAUAGUUAUCCGCGAUGGAGCCCUUCGUCCACCUGCCACAGCACCGAGUCGUAAUCUGCAAGCGCUGCCGAUUCGCCUGUGUGGCCAACGAGGUACCAGCCCACUUGCGGACACGACACGCCGAUGUGCCCGUCGCCGAGCGACACGCUAUCGCCCGCGCGGUCCAGCAGCUGCCCGACAUCAUCCGGACGCAGGAGGACCUGGCCGGCUUCGAAUUCCCUCCGCCGACGUCCGAGGCGAUCCCAUUCCUCGGCCCUUCGCGGCCGGACGGGCUCAAGUGCCGCCACGCCCGAAAAGUGCAUGGCUGGCAUAACCCGCUGAGAAGCGGCAGGCCGCCGGCCGGUCCCGGUCCGCUGCCGCUGCACGACGUGGAGCUCCCGUAGAUCGACGGCGUGCUAUGCCAGCGUCUUUUUUCCUCACAGGCUGCUAGCGGAUGGUUCGAGGUCUGCCGGGAGGACCGAGCCGUCCGUGGCCUGCUGCGGACUCUGCUGCCGAAACCGGUCGUGCCAACUCGGUUACUACAAGGGAGCAUGAAAGCCGCCGGGCCGAGAAACAAGAAGCAACCACUCCUACUACCAGUCAGUCUAGAGACCCAGGCCCCCUCCGACAUGGUCCGAGGCCGCGGGUGGCUGUUACCCGUCAGUCCGGAUGCCCAGAUACACUUGGAUACGAUUUUGGCCCGCGAGAAGAGAUUCGUCGACUCGGGGAGCCAGCCGCGUGGACAUGGCGGGCAACAACUCAACUCAACUCAACUCGGCCCUGAAAUUGGGUUGAGUUGGGCCUCCGGCCAGCCGAGUUGAUUGAGGCCAUUCACAAGUUGAGUUGAGUUGCCGAGUUGCAACUCAACGCCA